GGACGAGCAGCCGUGGCAGUCCAUCGGGGCAGCCAGCGGGUCGGGCCGCGCAGUGACGCGGAGAAAGGCAAAGAACAUAGACGCCGCUCGGCGAAAAAAUUAAUUCAAAUCAAUUGUGAAUAAUAUCUGUUAUGGGGCAGCUUGUCCGCCUGGGGAUAUCAGCGUGGUAGCAGCCCCGGCCGCUCCCGCGCGCGCCCAGGCACGCCAUGGAGAACGUCACCGACGAGGUCGGCCAGGAGGAGGGGGGCAUCAUGUCCCUGGUCAAGCCCGAGUGGAAGUCCACCGUCAUCGAGUACCAAAGGGAGUGCCUGAACAUGAUGAACCAGACCAGGGUCGGCCAGACGGAGGACGCAGACAUGUGCCCCAGCGUAUGGGACGGAUGGAUGUGCUGGCCGGAUACGCUGGCUGGCACCUCUGCCUACCAGCCCUGCCCCAAGUUUGUGUUCGGCUUCGACCCCCUGUUGUCCGCGCAUAAAGACUGUCUAGAGAACGGAUCUUGGUUUAGACAUCCGGAAACGGGGCAGAUGUGGUCAAAUUACACAACCUGCAUAGACUAUUCCGAUUAUCAGUUUAAGACACUUGUUAUAAAAAUAAACGAGACCGGGUAUCUAAUAUCUUUAGUCGCCCUUUUAUUAUCUUUAGGUAUUCUAUCAUAUUUCAAAUCACUGCGGUGUACUAGGAUAUGGUUACACAUGAACCUGUUCGCCUCGUUCGCGGUCAACAGCGCGCUGUGGCUCAUGUUUUUCACCAUCAUCAUCCCCGAUGUGGACCUCAUGCAAAAUAAUUUGAUGUGGUGCCAGGUCGCGCACGUGGUCACGCAGUAUUUCCUGCUCACCAACUACUGCUGGAUGCUGUGCGAGGGCCUGUACCUGCACACGGUGCUGGUGAACGCGUUCGGCGCCGAGGAGCGGCUCGUCAAGUGGCUCUACAUGCUGGGCUGGGGCAUGCCGCUGCCCAUCAUCGUGUUGUACGCCCUGCUGCGCGGCAUGGACGUGCAGGCCACCCAGCGCUGCUGGAUGGAGGAGACGCCGUACAACAUGGUGAUGACGGUGCCCGUGUGCGUGUUCAUGGUGACCAACUUCUUCUUCCUCACCAACAUCGUGCGCGUGCUGUGGGGCAAGCUCCGCGCCGGGCCGCAGGUCGGGUCGCACGCUGAGCGGCCGUCGCGCACGCUGCUGCAGGCCACCAGGGCCACGCUGCUGCUGGUGCCGCUGCUGGGCCUGCAGUACCUCGUCAUCCCCUUUAGACCGGACGAGAAGGGCAGCGACUUGGAGCGGCUCUACGAGAUCAUCUCGGCCAUUUUCGCUUCCUUUCAGGGCUUGGCGGUCGCGUUGUUGUUCUGUUUCUGCAAUGGCGAGGUGCUCGCUCAAAUGAGAAGGCGAAUGGAUUUCGCUUUUCACAGACGACGAGCUAAUUCGUACACGGCCACCACCGUGUCGGUACGUCGGCUUAGUUCAUCCGCUCGACGCCUUGCCCGCAAGCAGGGGAAGAGCGAGUGUGACGUUGAGUCCCGGCAGUGCGAGAGCAUCACCAUCCCGGCCGUCGUGUGAGGACCAAACCUGUCUGUGAUGUGACCGUGCCUGGAAAACCAAUUGCACAAAAAUGAAUCGCUAUUUGUUGUUGCUGUUGUCCCCAGUGGUUGUGCUUCCUCAAAGAGGAAGGCAUUUUAAAAAAUGGCGCAAUCUUUAUUCAAAUGUCUGUAUAUUGCACAUUAGCAGCAUUUGCACACUUCGAGAUACGUGAAACGGAAUAUCUAUUAUUCUUACUGGGAACAGAAAGUUUGGAAUUUGUGCUGGUUGAACUUAUUCAAGCUGCAUCGGAUGGUUUUAGGUCCAUCUGACGGACAGUGCGAUGUCCAGUGGGUUGCCUAAACACUGUCGUAUAUUUCCAGCUUUUCGGAAGUUCGUCUGAGACUGACGUGGUCCUUUAACACGUUCCUUGCGGCGUGACCACUGUGUGGUCACGCUCUCAUGUUAAAUCAUAGGCACCUAAAAUGUGCCGCAACGAACCUGCUAAAACCACUAUUGCAAUGAUGCCGCUGUGGCAUGUA